AUGGAUAUUGAAGCGUCUAAAGGUAAACCCUUAUCAAAGGACGAGACGAAAGCGUUGCUUGCCUUCAUUGCGAAGAGCAAAAUAAUUAACAAUAAGACCACCAAUGCUACUAACAACAAGCUGAAAAUUGAGGAGUGGAAAUGUAUAACCGAAAAAUUUAACGCCACAGUAGGUAUUACUCGGCGUACCCCGCAGCAAUUGAGAUUAAAGUGGGAAAAUUUGAAAAAAAAUUCUCGCAAGCGAAGCACUAAAAUCAGGAUGAAUCACAUCAAGACAGGAGGUGGAGCACCGGAGUACAUACCCCCAGAUGAGAUCCUUGACCACGUGUCCUCUUUACUAGGAAGUACUGUGAAUGGGUUUACAGUUGAGUUUGGGGGUGACGCAGAACCAGCUGAGUUUUGGGUUGAUGCAGAAUCAGCUGAGGUCAUCAGUGACACUGGGGCUUUGCAUGAAGUUAAUAAGGUUGUGGGAAUAGAGGGUUGUCCGGUAGCGGUGCCAGCUUUCUCGAUAGAUAGUCAUACUACAUUGCCUAUACCUAAUGAUUUGGUGAUGGAACCAAUUGUGGUUGUAGAUAAUGGUGGUGCGAGUACACUAGCUCAUACUCCAAAUAAAUCAAAGAGAUUUACAUUUAACUCUCCUAGAGCUAGUGGUAAACAAAAUAAAAAACAAGACGAGGGACGUACUGAAAAAAACUUAGCCGUAGCAAAAUAUUAUUCAACAAAACAAAAAAUACUUGAUGCUAAGUUAAAUAAUAUUUUGCUACAAAAUAAGAAAUUAGAGUUAGAGAUCAAGAAGCUAGAGUCUUAA